UUCUAUGCUUUAACCAAAAAAUUUGAAUUGGAUAACAAAAAAUUGUGUUUUUUUUCCCUUGUUAUUGCUUUUGGAACUAAAAUUACAUCCUUACGUGCUUAUCUUUCCACUUUUAUGAGGUUGAUAAUUGGCCCGAAAAAAUCUGUAUCUGUAGCUUGGUGAAAUAUUAAUUUUAUGGUAAUCCCAUCGAUACUGAAGCAAUGUUUGUUUAUUUUUCGGUUUUUUACCGUGAAGUUCUAAGUACAAAGUGGAAUAAUGAUUAGAUAAAAAGAGUUUCGACGUUUACUUUUAAAUUGAAGAGUGGUAUGGUCUAUGUUCCUUCGAAAUUCGCAGUACAAUGUUUCAACUCAUUUUUGUACUUUUUCUUACAAUUUUAAACUCUCCUGCAAGUCAUCAGGUACCUGUACAAUAAAUAUUUCUACAUAUUUGUGUGAUACUGCUACCAUAUUAACGAUUCAUUAUGCUUGUCAAGCUACCUACCAUUUACGUUUUUUUUUUUUUUUUUUUUGUUAUUGGUAGCCACAUGAAAACAAUGGUAUUUUCGGUUUCAAAGUUGGUGUAAAAUCAUUGUAAAUAUUACCAUAAUGACAUAAGUUUGUGUUGUGUUUUUAUAGUGUAUCUGAGACUGUUUAUAAAAGGCAACACUUAAAUCUCUAUGCAUAAUGGUCAGGCAACACUACUUUCUACUCUUAUUUGUUUUCCAUUUCAAAUGAAUAUUUUUCAAUAUUCACUUGAAAUGGUAAACAAAUUAGGGUAGAAAACGGUGUUGGCCCCGGACUUAUCAUACUGACAUUUUUAAAUAGUCUUGGCUCUCACUGCAUUCCUAAGGAUCUCUGGGAACCACAGGAUCUAAUUAAGAAAAAAGUAGGGCGGCAGAAACAUUUAGGAGACACUCUUGUGGGUAAUGGUCUUGGCUAUGCUAUUAGAGCAUAAUAUAAAUUUAUGUCGCUAUAUUUAAUAGUGACGUCACAAUAACCAUAAAUAUUAGUUAAACCUACUAAACUAAUGUACUCUUUUUAUAAUUCUGAAAUUUACGAGCUAUAUUCAUGAUUUAAACAUUUGUAUUUCCAACUAGUUGGUACCACCGGCUUGGGCACCUAUAAUGUAUUUUUGGACAUGAUAUACAUCUUGUAGUAUGGUGAUAAUCAUGUUGUAAGCACUUGAAAAUUCAAAUAUGUAGUACAGGCAAAAAAACACUUGUCAUAUUUAACUUCCCCCUUAGGGAAUCAACAUGAAUACUGCUUCAAAAUGCCAAUACUACAGUUUUUUUUGUUAUUUUAGCACAGUUCAAUUCAAAAAGUAGCAAUAUUCAACAAUUACUUGUAGAGUUUUUAUAUCCUGAGUAUUUGUUGAUGCAAGAAGUUCUUUGACCUACUUACUUUGUGAAAUUACUUUAUUUGCAAGAAAUUUUACUUAAUAGCUCCUAUGUUCUUAUACUACGAAGGUAUAAUGAAUGUUACAAUCAUUGUUUGUAACAUAAGAAUGAAAACAUGUCAUUAGUCAAUGUUGUUGAGUAUUACAAAUGUUGCUUGGUCAUCCCGCAGAAGAGAGUUUUUUUAAUUUGCACUGGAUUCUGGUCGACUUGUUUUGAGAUUGCCGCUGUGAACAAGAACUAGCUGGGAUGUUUUCACAGUCGGUAGGACCAGCGGAGAGGGGAAGGUGUCGGGCCACGAGGCAGGACAGCAAGGGUACACGAGGCGGCUGGCCCAGGAAUAAUGAACAUGGACACUGCUUCUAAAGUGGGCUGGUGUAGUCCAGUUGUCACAGAGACUACGCACCGAGGCAUGAGCAACAGCGUGGUCCCAAGGAGCGAGGGACUACGUGACUGCCCGGAACAGGCUCUCUCGAAACAGACUGACUCCUCUCGCCGGCGAAGGAGUGAACGAGUUGUUCCGCGCAGGAAACUGCACAGCCACCCUGGCAGUGCGAAAUAUGACACACUUCAAACCAUUAAAAGUUUGUAUGAGGAAACACACUAACUUGAGAACUAGGAAUUACAUGUGAAUCAUUUGCUGGAUCAGCUCAUAACAGCCUUAGAAGAACUUGAGGGCCAAGAAUCUGCUUGAAGAUCAUUAAAGUACAAAUAAAAAUCUUAAAAAAAAUAACAAAAGUCGAGCCCAGAAUCCCCAGUUUACAUAGCGGCUGUGGUGGAGUACGCACCAGUCAGCGAAGUUGGUAGCGAUGGUAUGCGUGGUCUUGUAUCGCAAAAUGUCGAUAACUACGUACACUUCAUUGAGGAGGCAGCGCAGAAGGACGCGGACAUAGUGGUGUUCCCGGAAGUGGGACUCACGAGCUACGGGAAGCCCCUGUACGCCUCGCCGGUCCCCGACCCCCGGGAGCGGGCCAACCCCUGCACCAACAGCUCCUCCGGGAUGCUGGAGGAAAUUGCACGGCUUUCGUGUGCUGCAAGGAACAACGAUAUAUACGUGGUGAUAAACUUCCCUGAAGUGAAGGUCUGCGAGAAAGUGGUACCAGGAAGUGACUGCGAACACAUUGGCACAUUCCACUACAACUGCGACAUAGUGUUCGAUCGCAGAGGCUACUUAGUUGCGCGGUAUCGGAAAUAUAAUCUCUUCUUGGAGCAUGAAUUUGACAAAACUCCCACACCAGAUAUAUCAAUCUUCGAAACGGACUUUGGAGUGAAAUUCGGAGUAUUCACUUGCUUCGACGUCCUGUUCAAAGCACCGGCCGUAGCGAUGGUUCAGCAGUUCAACGUGACAGAUGUCGCCGUGCCGCAAGCAUGGUUCUCCGAGCUGCCUUUCCUUACUUCCGUACAGGCCCAGUCGCAGUGGGCGAGUGCCAUGGAUGUGAACAUGUUGGCAGCAGGCUACAGCAAGCCCUCUGUCGGCAGCACGGGAAGCGGCAUAUACAACGGUCGCAGAGGUCCACUGGCGACGGUAUUUUCAGCUGUCGACACGAGUAAGCUUCUGGUCGCAACCGUGCAGAAGAAAAUAACUAAUGACAAUGAGAACCUGGUCUCUGUGAUGGGAGACGGGAACAACUUGCAGUUGCGAGACGAAACGCGGAGUGAAUUUUUCCGAAAUGACGACCGUGAAUCAUUGCAACUGGCGUACGAGAGCAACAGCAUAGCGUCGGGGUGUGCAGGCUCUUGCAAGCGUCAAGUCAGUGACGAUCGUCUGGGAUGCGGCGAGAUGUUCGGUGCACUGUAUCUCAUGAAGGAAAAUCUCACGGCGUACACAACCACGCUCUUGGACGUCGCGAAGCCUAAUGGUCCGCAGCAGAAGAAUGUUUCCUUGCGCUUGUGUUCCGGCGACCUGUGCUGCGACUUCGAGGUGCGCUCGUCGCAACGACCAGCGGGACGUAACACGUCCGACGGCAGCAGCCACUACAGAGCGGUGGUGUUCAGUGGCGUGCGCUCCUUCGUGGGCGCGGCAGAUGCCGGUCUGCAGGUGUGUGGGGUUGUGUGGUGCAGCGACGAGUCCCCAGCCUCCUGUGGGUCCCCACCCAGCACCGUGGGCGGUCCGCGGCCGGCCUUCGACCACAUCAGCAUAGCGGGACGCUUCAACGCCAGCAACUCCGUCCAGAUGCCCAACGCCUUGGCUGUGGAUUUCAAAAUAAUAAACCCAAGGGCUUACUCAUUUACUAAAAACGUGACCACGGGAGAAAAAGUGGGUGUUACGCUUGAGUUGAAAGAUGUUGUCAGCAAUUUGAUAACAUUUGGAAUAUAUGGUAGGUACUUUGAUAACGAUGUGUUGCAUUAAGAUUCAAAAUUUCGCCUUGAUGGCUGUGAUGUUGCAAUCUAAGUUUCCAAUUGUAGUAAUGAUUAGAACAUACUUUGUGAUACUUAAUAUACUGAUUCUUUUUAAAAUCAGAAUCAACUGUUAUUUAAAGUCUAUUACUUUAUAAGUUUUAUACUGUAAAGACAAAGGUGCCUCUUUGAAUAAACAAUAACUGGUACCUUAAAUACAAACUUAUGUAUUUCUAAUGAAAUGAAUUUACAAUACAGUAAAGUUUCAAACAACA